UCUGUCCGAGCUUGGUUCAAAAAUUUUCAGUUCAGUGUACCGGUCAACUUCGCUGGCUGAUAAAGAGUGAACAUGAGGGGCCCAAUAAAGAAAUCUCGGAGGAAGGUGGUAAAUUUAGAAGACGUAAUCAGGACGAAGCCCUUUCCACAUAUCCCCACGGUAUCAUCCUUAUAUACAGGUAUUCCAGAUGAUCCAUCUCCUCCUGAAGAGCCUGAUGUACUUCCUACAGUGCCCGAAGUUCCUGAGGAGCCUGAAGAUGAUGAGGAGGACGAGGAGGACGAGGACGAGGACGAGGACGAGGAAGACCCUACCUGCUGUCAAACAUUUCGCAUGAGAAGCAAGCAGGCAUGUUGUACCUGCGAGAAGGAGCGAAGACUAUGGAAGUUACUGAAAUCUCAGGUUGCAGUACUUGCUGUAAUUUUCAUCUUGUUUCUGAUAGGGUACUUAUUGCGGCGGUACGUCGGCUCCUAGGUCGAAUAACCUCUUAAGCCUAGUUCUGCGGCUACAACUCAACAUCGAACUUCAUCUAAUAUUUGUCUACUUAGAACGGUCCCGCCUAUUUACCUUUUGAGGUGGUCAAGCUAGCAGGCUGAAAUUUGACAGGUUGAAAUUGACGCAC